AUAGUGUAAAUUCUCGCGCAUGCGUACAUAUAGAUAACAGCGAAUGGCUCGCUGACUUGCUAGAUUUUGGUCUUUAGCGUUGAAUUAACUUGCCUGUCAUUCAUUUUCAGUUCUCGUGUGGAACUUUUUGGAUUGAUUUACGUCAUCAUGCUGCAGUUUCUGGCGGGCUUCACCUUGGGGAACGUUGUGGGAAUGUACAUUGCUCAAAACUAUGAGGUUCCCAACAUAGCAAAGAAAAUUGAAGCUUUCAAGAAGGAUGUGGAGGCCAACAAGAAACCACCAGAAUGAGCAACGUUUGGACCAUGUUAGAACAUUUUUAAAGAGAAAAUAUUUAUAUUUGCAGGUUUCUGGUGCAGUGAUGUUUAUGCAUUCGACAGGAUAAGUGUGUAAAACAGGGCCUUCAACAGUAUUUGUUCAUUCCCAUUUUUUUUUUUAAAAGUUUUUUCUGCAACUAUUGCCUAUAAUAGACUGAAAGUUUAGAAAAUGAGUGUGGUCCCUUUAGGAUGAUGGUAAAAAUAAAUGUUGGCUUUUUUUGUCACUAAAAACAUCUGCAGUAAAUUCUGAAGUGCUUUAUAUUUGCCAAAAAGUUGUAGAAAAAGUAACUUUUCAAACUCUAAAUUUGUCAACUGCCAAACAUUUUUGUCAUAGCCCAUAACUACACACUUUGGAAUAAAAAUGUUGAUAAUGUAA